AACAAAGGGCCGAGCAGGUCCCAGGCAGUCCCGGGCCGGGGGCUGGGACAUUGCAGGGCGCUGCUACCUCCCUCCGCUGGGAGCCAGGGCUGAGCAGCGGCUGCUCCCACGGGGCUGUGCCCCCGGGAGACCUUCGGUGCAGCUGCUUCUGCGCCCGGACAGAGGGGGCUUCCUCUGCGGGGCUGGGACUAGCCCCCGGGCCCGGCUCUGCCGGCAUCAACUCCGGGCCGGAGACCCAGGGUUUCCAGUUUCCAAACCUGAUGUGAUCUCCCGGCUGGAACGAGGGGAAGAGCUGUGGGUCCCAGAUCUCCAGGGCUCUGAGGAAAGAGAGCUCCAGAAAGGUUCCCAGACAGGUGAUCAGAUGGUGAGUGAGAACGAGGAGUAGAAUCAACAGCACAAAUAUGCUAAGCAAGUUGUACCACAUGUGACAUUAGCGGGAAGGUCCAAAGGGCAAGUUUCUUGGAUUUGUGCAGAGGCAAAAGCCUGUGAGAGUCAGCAUAGGUCAGAGAAAAGCUUCAGUAUAUUAUCAGACAUUUGACGUUAUUAGACAUGAAAGAAUGAACAUGGGAGAGAGACCCUAUACGUGCCUUGAGUGUGGAAAAAGUUUUAGUCAGAGCUCAACCCUCAUCACACAUCAGAGAAUCCACACUGGAGAGAGGCCGUACACAUGCCCCGAGUGUGGGAAAAGCUUCAAUCGGAACUCACACCUCAUCACACAUCGGAGAAUCCACACAGGAGAGCGACCCUACACAUGCUCUGAAUGUGGGAAAAGCUUCAAUCGGAACUCAAACCUUAUCACACAUCAGAGAGUCCACACAGGAGAGACACCCUACACAUGCUCUGAGUGUGGGAAAAGCUUCAGUCAUGGCUCAGCCCUGAUCACCCAUCGGAGAAUCCACACUGGAGAGAUGCCCUACACAUGCCCUGAGUGUGGGAAACGCUUCAAUCACAGCUCACACCUCAUCACACAUCAGAGAAUCCACACAGGAGAGACACCCUACAUGUGCUCUGAGUGUGGGAAAAGCUUCUGUCGGAGAUCUGCUCUUAUCACACAUGAGAGAAUCCACACGGGUGAGACACCCUACUCAUGCUCUGAGUGCAGGAAAAGCUUCAGUGAGAGUUCAGACCUUAUUAGGCAUUGGAUAAUCCACACAGGAGAGAAACCCUACACAUGCCCUGAGUGUGGGAAAAGCUUCAACCACAGCUCAAACCUGAUCACACAUCGGAGAAUCCAUACUAGAGAGACACCCUACACCUGCCAUGAGUGUGGGAAAAGCUUCACCCAGAGCUCACACCUCAUCACACAUCGGAGAAUCCACACAGGAGAGCGACCCUACACAUGCUCUGAGUGUGGGAAAAGCUUCAAUCACUGCUCAAACCUUAUCACACAUAAGAGAAUCCACACAGGAGAAACGCCCUAUAUAUGCUCCGAGUGCAGGAAAAGCUUCAAUGAGAGUUCAGACCUUAUUAGGCACUGGAGAAUCCACACAGGAGAGAAACCCUACACAUGCCCUGAUUGUGGGAAAACCUUCAACCACAGCUCAAACCUGAACAAACAUCGGCGAAUUCACACUGGGGAGACACCCUACACCUGCCUUGAGUGUGGGAAAAGCUUCAGCCAGAGCUCACACCUUAUCACACAUCGGAGAAUCCACACGGGAGAGCGACCCUACAAGUGCUCUGAGUGUGGGAAAAGCUUCAGUCGGAGCUCAAACCUUAUCACACAUCAGAGAAUCCAUGUAGGGAAGACACUCUGCUCAUGCUCUGAGUGUGGGAAAAGCUUCAAUCGGAGCUCAGCCCUUAUUAGUCAUCGGCGAAUCCAUAGAGGAGUGACAAACUACACGUGCCCUGAGUGCGGGAAGAGUUUUAAUAAGAGCUCAAUUUUCAUCAAACAUAAGAGAAUCCACUCAGGCGAGUAAUGCCUUAAAUCAGGAGUUCUCAACCUUUUAUUUCUGAGGCCCUCACAACAUGCUAUAAAAACUCCAGGGCCCAGCGGGAGUGGGUAGCAACUUGGGGCUCUGGGCCCGGGGAUGGCAUCCUUGGGCAUAGGGGGAGUUUGACUUCUAUUUUGGGGGGGCAAGGGCCAGCAGGGCUCGGGCCAGUUCCGCACAGUAGGGUCCAGGGAGGGAGCGCCACCUCCACCCCCUGACUCACUUCAGCAGACCACUCACCUGUCUAGGGCUGUGUGCUGGUCGCUGCUCCCUGAGGGCUCUGCUAGCCCCGGAGCCAGGUCUCUACCUGGGCAGCUGUAACUGGCUGUGUGAGCAAUCAAAGGGGGCUGGGAGCUGAGGAGCAGCCGCAGCCCCGGGCACCAGCAGCAGAUGGGGGAAUGCCAGGGCUACUCACUCCAUGACACCAGCAGCCAGAAGAGUGGCUGUCCCACAUUGCCUGGCUCUGGCUUCCCAUCUCUGACCUGGCCAGUGGGUGGGGCCUGAGGGAGUGGAGGAGGUCGGGGGGUGGAGCUGCCCCCAGGACUGCCCCAUUCUUCAUAAGGCACUGCAGUUUGGGGAGGCAACACCCUCGUGCCCCCUCAACUCUGCUCUUGGGCUCAGGGCUUCAGCCCUGUGCCGCUCCUGGAUUUAGCAGGGAGAACUCAGUGUUUCAGCUCCCUGCCGCUCUGACUUCAGGGGAGGGAGGGGAGCUCAGGGGUUCAGCUCCGCACUGUUCCCAGAUUUGGGGGGGGCGGGGGAAGAGGGGAGCUCAGGGUUUCAGCCCCGUGCUGCUCCUGGCUUCAGUGGUUGGGAGGGGGGGGAGUUUGGGGUCAUAGGCGUCAACUUUCUCUGGCGCCAGUGGGUGCCUGCACCCCCCGCCCCUUUCCCCAUCUCUGGCCCCGCCCUGACUCCACCCUUUCCCCGCUCCUGGCCCCGCCCCCAUUCCAACCCCAUCCCAAAGUCCCCACCCUGACUCCGCCCCCUCCCUGCCCCUAUUGGAUCCCUUCCCCAAAUCCCCGUCUUAGCCCCGCCUCUUCCCCCAGCACGCCGUGUUCCCCCUCUUCCCCCCUCCCUCCCUGCCCCGCAAAUCAGCUGUUUCAUGGCACAAAUGCUGGGAGGGAGGAGGAGAAGCAGGACAUGGCGGCGCACUCGUGGAGGAGGCGGAGGUGAGCUGGAGCAGGGGGGUGGGGCGGGGCCACUGGGAGCUGCCGGUGGGUGCUCAACACCCACAAAUUUUUCUCCAGGGAGAAAAUUUUUCUCCAGGCACGGAGUCGGUGCCUAUGCUUGGGGUUUCAGCCCCGUGUCGCCCCUGGCUUCAGCCCUGUGGGGGGGUGCCAGGGAUGGGGCUUUGGCCCCACACCACUCCUGGUUUCAGCCCUGUGGUCAGGCGCUGGGACUUGGGGUUUCAGCUAUGGGGCCCUGCAGACUCCCUGAAAAGGCUCGCAGAACCCCAGGAGCCCCCGGACCUCCAGUUGAGAACCGCCGCCAUAAAUGUCUAACUAGGGCUGGCCAAAGAUUUUUUUCUAAAAUACAUUAGCGAAUUCCCACAUACUUUGUACCAUUUUCUUCAGUGUGAUCUUUCAGCUCCACGUGAGUUGCCUGCCUCUGUCUUUUACACCUCCUCCUUCUUUGGGGUGAAUCCCAUCAUCCUUUACUUUAUAAGUCCUGGGAGUGUGUCCUUCGCCUGCCAGAAAUACCCAUCAGCACCACAUGCAGGAGAUACGGUUGACCUUAGAAUCAUAGAAUAUCAGAGUUGGAAGGGACCUCAGGAGGUCAUCUAGUCCAACCCCCUGCUCAAAGCAGGACCAAUCCCCAGACAGAUUUUUGCCCAAGAUCCCUAAAUGGCCCCCUCCAGGAUUGAGCUCAUAACCCUGGAUUUAGCAGGCCAAUGCUCAAACCACUGAGCUAUCCCUCCCCCUUGACUAGCAACACUGAUGUAAAAACGGCCUGUGCCUUGUCUCCACCGGUAUUGUACAUGGAUGUAGGUGCUCAGUUUAGAGAUCUUGUUGUAACAACACAACUACAUUUGCAGUGCAGAUAUAACCCGGGUACAGUGGCUGGGGUUAGCUUGGCCGAGCUCACCUCCAUCUUUUUUCCUAGUCUAGACAAACGCGAGCAUCACAUCGAUACUAUUUCCCCAUUACAAAGUGAUUGUUAGUCAUCGAGUUCCCCUUUGGGGACAAAUUGUCUCAAUCCCAGUUGUUCUCACCUUGCUCGGGGUUUUGCAGAAAAAAAUAUUUUUUCUACCAUUUUCCUCAUGUAUAAUAGAUUGAAAUAGAACAAAGUGGGGUAGGAAAAAUGUGUCAUUUCAGCCUCUGUGAUACCCGAAGGAGAUGGGGUGAGUCAAAGGGAUUCCCUCCUUCCCCAUCACUGUCACAAUCCCCCCUCACCCCAGCAGCAUUAGCUUCUGUGUAAGCCACAAUAACAUUUACCCUUCCCAUGUUCCACCUGUGCACCUCCCAGUGUGUCACGUGAUGCCAUGUUCUGAGCACUCUCUGUGCUUAGGUGUCACACUUUAGCCCCAGUGCAUCGGAUUUAGGAUCAGAGAUGAAAGUGUCACAGGAAGGGGGAUUUGAAUGGAUCCCAAACACAGAGUUGUCAUUCUGUGUUUCAUCUCUGCUUCCAUCUAUUGGCAAAGCUGCUUCUGGGCUUUUUCCUGCUGAGCUGGGAUUGUUUGCAGAUGGGAAGGUUGGCUGCUUUUCUCUCUUGUGAUGAAGCUAAAUCUUUUAUAAGUAACAUGACUCAAUAAUAAUGAGGUGGCACAGAGUAAAGGAAAAUUGAAUUGAUCAGAGGAGAAUGCAAUGGGAGAAUCUGUUUUGAUUUUGAGUUAUCAGACAUAACCUGCUCUGGAAUUUCAUUUUAUAUGAAACUGUAAGUGUCUUCCACCCCUCUGUGUUGUGGGUUUUUCUCUUUGUCCUGAAGUCAGUUUGGUCUCAUAAUUGGAUAUUACCUUUGUUUGACAGAAUGUACCUCAGAUUUAUUGGGGACUUUGAGACAAAUGACCGUUUGCUAAAACGGUAAUAUCUUAUUUUAUAUAUGUCUUUUCCCCACCCCCUAUGAUGACAUGGAAAAAGUUCAAGUGUAGUUCAGCCAGCAGGAAAGAAUAUUCCAAUUAUUGGGCAUGCUCCUAAGGAAACAGUAGGAAUUUAACAUUUCUACUUUGAAACAGUGAAGAACGGCAUACUGCAAAUUGUGCAAUGAACUGACAUGAUCACACUUGUUGUGGGUGCAAUAUAAAUUAAUAAUGAGAUGUCCAAUAACUAGUCUUAAUCAGUUUAUUAAUCAAGGAUUAUUAGUCAAGGAUUAAUACAGCAUAAUACAGAAAGGAAGAGUGCUUACGUUACCAAUCCCUUUGGAAGACAGGACUUGCAGUGCUCACACUGUCUCAAAGAUCCUGUGCUUAUCCUUCCUGUAUUUAUACCUAAGUUUGGGGAGUUUCACAAUUUUCCCUACAUCACUUUAUCUAAUAUAUCUUUUCUAUUUUCUGUGACAUGUUUUUCAUAGACAGUAAUUGCUACACUUUCUAUGUGGGGGAUGUUGUAAGUUUCAACAUGGCAUAUAUUUUACAUUUUGACUGUUAUACAGACCCCAGGCAUUAAACAAAAAUGGAGAAGCAUGUACUCAAGACUAGAAUUUUGUUUUGAACAUUAAAGGCAUAGUAUUACCUAUUUUUCUGCUAUGUUUUUGCCUAGCCCUGAUAUUACAAUACUUCAGCUAUCUCUUUCUGUAACGUAAAUAAAAAAGCAUUUUGGAAGAUCUUAAGAUGAGGGCAAUUCAAGAAAUAUAUGUGAUAUUAUAUAUAAUGUUAAUAUUGUAUUAAUAUUGGCUAACAUUAUAGAAAUUACAAAGUUUUUCUAACCUAACUUAAUCUAUAUUGUAGAAGCCAGGUAUAUCAUAACACCUAGAAAUUGGUUUUUUAAAGUGCAUUUUACAAGCUUCUUGUACCUUAGUUUUUGCUGAACUUGCAUUCUGCAGCACAUAUACAAAGGAGAAGUUAGUACAAAGAUCACAGCAUCUACCUAUCAUACAGUUUCAGAGAAUUUAACAUGAAUAUAAAGGACUUCAAACAGGGCUGUCUCACCAUGAGGCGAACUGAGGCUGCCGCCUGAGGUGCCAGAAUGUGGAGGGCACCACUAGAACCCAGAGUGUAGAAAAUUGUGUCUGCUGCUGGUGCCUAUGUAUUCUCUCUGCUCUAGAUGCACAGAGAUGGUGGAGUGCUGUGCUGGAGGAAGGAGGGCACAAGAGACAUAACCGGCAGGCAGGAGAAAAGGUGAGAGGGAAUAACAGAAAACAGCAGGAGUUGCAGGGAGAGAGAGGAGGAGGCACUUCUUAUGUACCUUUCUAGCACCCCCAGGAGCCUGGACUGAUUAACACCAGCUUCUCAGUGAGCUUCCUGUUUCCUGCUGCUUCCCUGAACCUACUUGGAAGAACAGGCAGUCAACUGAAGUAGUAGGAGCCAGUUAGGCCCUUAAGAUGCUGAUAUCUUCCCUCACUCAGGUCCUGCUACCAGCCUGCUUGUUUGUCCUCUUCAACUGAGUGUUGAGAGCCAUUAUAGCUGGCAUAGAACAGCAGUCAUGAGUGAAAGAGGAAAACGCCCCUCUAGGGCAGCAUUCAGAAAAAGAAAGAAAGCAAAGGAAGCUUUUCUAUCUAAGCAGAAGAGCUGUCCUGAGAUACAUAGACACAAAUAUUCACGGUGAGCCUUCCGGCCCCAGUGAGGAUGUGAGUGGUGAGGAGAUACCUGAUCUUCCAGUUAGAGUGUAGGUGACCUGGCAGCUUCUGCAGCAUCCAUAUUUCCAUCUCAAAUGGAUGUAACCAUGCACAUUCCUGAAGAAAAGUGUAGAUCAGAGAAGAGUGCGGUGGAGGCGCAAGAAACAGCUGCUGCUGAGUUUAGUUCCUUAAGUCUAGAUGAUCUAGGACAGUGGACCCACUUGAGCAGUAGCCUGAGGGACUUCCUUGUACUGCACGGGCCACAGCAAGUGAAAAACUUCAUGUUCCCCAAAGACAAUGAAAAUAGAAGUUUCCAUCCAACACAUAACUGGCGUAAAAUCCCCAAUGGUGACAAAUUGGAGAGGCCAUGGCUUAUGUACUCAAAAACCCAGAAUGCUGCAUACUGUUUUUGUGGCAAACUCUUCCAGUCUAAUGUUCCAGCCACAUUGGGUUCUACAGGAACAAAGGACUGAAAAAUCUGGGUAGAAAUCUGGUAUGCCAUGAGAAGGCAGCAAAUCACCAGAGGGCAUUCCAUAGAUGGAAAGAGCUUGAGAUGAGACUAAGGUUAAAGGCCACCAUAGAUGAUCAGCAUCAAGAGAAGAUUGCAUUAGAGUCUCUUUACUGGCAAAAUGUUCUGAAAAGGCUCAUUGCUGUUGUGAGAAUGCUACCCAAAACCUAGCACUGCGUGGCACUUCAGAUCAGCUGUAUGUGCCAAACAAUGGAAACUUCCUUACAAUUGUGGAGCUGAUGGCUGAGUUUGAUGCUGUACUCCAGGAGCAGCUAAGAAGAGUCACCACCCAAAAAAAGUACACACACCACUAUCUUGGAAAAACAAUUCAAAAUGAGAUCAUACAGUUACUGGCAACAAAAGUCAAACAGAAGAUUGUGGCAGAUCUGAAGUCAGCAAGAUAUUACUCUGUUAUUCUGGACUGCACACCUGACAUCAGCCAUAUGGAACAAAUUACUUUAAUGGUGCGUUUUGUAACAACAACAGAACCUAGAGAAAAUGUCCCUGCAAUGGUGACUGUCAGAGAUCAUUUUCUAGAAUUUAUUGACAUUGAUGAUACUACAGGAGCUGGUAUGACAAAUGUGCUUCUUAAAAAGCUGGAAGAUACAGGAAUUGCGAUAGCUGACAUGAGAGGUCAGGACUACGAUAAUGGUGCCAACCAGAGGAGUGCAGACACGGAUCCGAGAGUUAAACCCUUGAGCUUUUUUUGUCCCAUGCAGUUGUCAUUCAUUGAACUUGGUGGUCAGUGAUGCAGCAUCAGCUUCUAGUGAGGCUGCUGAAUUUUUUAAUAAGCAACAGCGAGUCCUGUGGCACCUUUAAGACUAAUUAAGACUUCGUCAGACGCAUGUAUUCACCCACGAAAGCUUAUGCUCCAAUACAUCUGUUAGUCUUAAAGGUGCCACAGGACUCUGUUGCUUUUUACAGAUCCAGACUAACGCGGCUACCCCUUUGAUACUUGAAUUUUUUAAUGUAAUUCAAAGCAUUUAUGUAUUUUUCUCUGAAUCAACUCACUGAUGGCAAAUUUUGAAGCAACCUCUGGGAACAUCCUCUCGGAUACUGAAACCACUGAGUGCCACAUGAUGGGAAAGUCGAGUGGAGGCGAUAAAGCCUAUCAAACACCAAAUUAGGAAGAUAGAUGAUGCCAUAGUUGCCAUUAUGGAGGAUAAUGCUAUGACAGGAACUGUUCAUGGGAGAACAGUGGCAGAGGGAAAUGGAAUCACCAGAAACAUACAUAACUUCAAAUUUCUGUGUGGUUUAGUGUUGUGGCAUGACCUACUGUUUGAAAUAAAUGUUGUAAGAAAGAGAUUCCAAGGUGUUGACCUUGCUAUAUCUGGAGCAAUGGAACAACUGGACAAAGCAAAGUCAUACAUACAGUCUUACAGGUCAGAUGAGGGAUUUCAAAAUGUUCUAAAGAGUGCACAGAAGUUGGCAGAGGAACUUCACACUGAAGCUAUUUUCCCACCCAUUCAAGAAUACAAGAGUCACCGAAGAAGAAGACAUUUUGAUUGCAAGGUACGGGAUAAUUCCAUAAGAAACUCCAAACAACAAUUCAAAGUUGAAUUCUUUAACUAGGUGCUAGAUUGUGCAAUACAGUCAGUUGAAGAAUGUUUCAUGCAGCUCAAGGAACACAGGAGUGUAUUUGGGAUGUUAUAUGAUAUUCCAAAACUCCUCACUAUACCUGAAGAAGACCAACACCAGUAAUGCAGGGUACUAGAGUCAGUGUUGACACAUGAUGACAUGGACGAUAUUGAUGCGAGUGAUUUAGGUGAUGAACUGAAAGCCCUUCCAAGAUACAUUUCAGCAGGAUCAACUCCAAAGGCUGUUCGGGAAUAUAUGUGCACAAAUAAGAUGCUUUCUUUCCAAAUGCUUUUGUUGCUCUGCGCAUACUUCUAACACUUCCUGUAACAGUUGCCAGUGGAGAACGCAGCUUCUCCAAGCUGAACUUAAUAAAAACACAUCUACACUCCACAAUGACACAGGAGAGGCUGGUCGGCCUUCCAACCAUCUCAAUAGAGCAUGAGCUGGCCCAGACUGUGGACCUUCAGCAGGAAGCAGUUCAAAUCUUUGCAAGCAAGAAGGCACGGAAAGCACCACUUUUUGAUUAUUCAAACAGAUAAAAAUGCCAGUGUUUACUAUGCAGACAAGAAAAGUUACAUUUGCUGUUCAGGCGUUUGAAAGUUAAGUGUUACUUAACAUUUUUGAACAAGGCAUUUUAAGUUGUUAUUUCUCCUUUAUUGGGGUAGGUAGCAGAGCAGUACCAUGAGAGGAGUAGAACAGGAAGAAGGCAGAAUUGAGACCUUUCAAAGUUUUGGCCCAAGCGAGGGGGCAUGAGGGCGUCUUUUGAUCUCCCCGCCUCAGGUGCCAAAAUGUUGUAGACUGGCCCUGACUUCAAAUACGAUACACUUUACAUAUUCACUAUUGACUACUUUCUUAUUUUGAUUAUAAAUACCACUAUUUCACUUACAGUUGCUACGAUAAUAUAUCCGAGGGGUAGCCGUGUUAGUCUUAAAGGUGCCACAGGACCCUCUGUUGCUUUUUACGAUAAUAUAUUUAUAUUUUUAUCAGUUAAAACACUUUUAACCUUUUAUUUAUAAGAACUGAUUUCCCAGUAAAUCUUAUACAGACAAACCAGUGGUUUGUAAUAAAACAAUUUGCAUCCCUGAAUAAUAGUUUUGAUUGUGAGAGCUUAGGUAAGCAAGUUACAUUCCAGACUAAUAGUUCCAUGUUAGAACUCAGGUUUCAGUAAAAUCCCAUUCUUAAAUGGAAGCUGUCAUUGCAACAGCACUGCUGUGAUUUCACAAGCUGUGUUUUUCCACUUCAGUUUAGCUGAAGAGAAUACUGAUUCCAUUCACUCAGUAGCCCAGUUGCAAAUCCCUCUGGUCCAGUUUGGUCAGCUAGUGUUAUGAAGCAUUGUGGGUUUUAAUUUAGUUUGGUCAUCACGCUGUUAUUCAGUUGGUUAUGGCAAUAUAGUUUCAGAUGAUCUGGGAAGUGUAUUCCCCAGUCAGUGACUUGGAACUCGGCAAAAGGGCCAUGGAUUUGGAUCCCAAAGCAAUUGUGGCUGAAGCUCUGCAGGAGGUUAGUGUUGAAGACAUUUCCUUCCAAAUCAGGUGCAUGCUGCCUUUUAUUUGGGAAGCCCAAUCCCUAUCUCUGUAGAGAUGGAGAAAAUUGAAGUUGCAUUUUUGAUGAGCUCAUCCCUUGUAGGUGCUGCAAAUGUGUAUAAAAUGAACUCAGUGUUGAAUGUGAGAUAGCUGCAGAAUUAUACCUUUUUUAAUAACUACCCCAUCUUUGGUGGGUUACACUCUUGAGAUGGAAACCUAUGGCCCAUCUAAACAAUUUAUUUUUAGAACACUGCUCCUUAGUUCAGUGGCAUUCAUUCUGGUCCCAAAUGAUGCCAUGGUUAAAUUGGGAGCAAUUGUCAUUUGCCAUUUGGGUCCAAAGUUUCAUGAGGCAAAGAGAGAAACAAACAGUUGGUGCCUUCAGAGGACAUUCCUUCCCCGUGGAUCCCACUCUGACGGCCUUUUUGGACAAGGAGCACUUCCAUGCUGUGCACGUGAUGAUGGUCAGUGAAGGAAUGAAUGUGUCGGACUCCAAGUUCAAACUUCAGGAUGUUGAAUCUCGAUUCUGUGCUUUUCUUGCUUAGCUUUACUCUUGUGUCUUAUGCAUUUGCAUCACUUCUCGACCGCCUGCUACUCUGACAGAUUAGAAAAUGUGAAAAUAGAAUACAGGUGGUUUUCUCAUGAUGCAAAUCUUCCCACACAUCAUUUAGGAUCCUUUGCACCAACGCUUACAGCAGAAGACAGUGGAUAUGUCUACAUUGCAAUGUAAUCUCAGGCUCAGUGGGACUCAAGUCAGAUGACCCAUGUUAGGGAACCCGGGCAUGAAUUUCUGCACUCUUUUAAACCUAUGUUAGACUUUUCUAACCUGUGCUGGAACCUAGGGCUCUGAUGCCCACGUGGCAGUGCACAGACCCAAGUCAAAGCAAACAUGUCCCAGAGUCCUUAGUGUCCCCCACACUGAAAUGUGGCCGCUCUAGCUCUAGGACUGUGGUGCACUGUGGGAAAACUUUACUCCCACUUACGUCUCACACCAACGCUCACGUGCCCACAGUGCACUGCGGAGACCCAGUCAAAUCAGCCUCUCCCAAGCUUCCUAGCACUCUCCCAGCUGUAGCCUCUUCAGCCCUUUGUUCCUUGUGCACCAUGGAAACACUUGAGUGUCCCUCCCACAGCACUUUAUGAGAAGUUGUCUCACCCCCCAGUACAGCCAGCUAAGCUGUGUUUUGGGUCUGCAAGCUGCCGGCAACUGGAGCCAGCAACAUGAGUGAGGCCCCAUUUGAAGAAUUUGCCAUGCUUGCAUUUUCACUCCUGUUUCAUAAAGUGGGCAGAACAUCCCACUGGUGGAUGCUAGUGGACAUUUUGGUGGCAUUUUCUGACCUGUUGAAGGCUUCUGUCAGAGGAGGAGGAUACACAUAAACUGGCUGUUACUGUUCAUUUCUCUUGGUAUAGCUGCUGAUACCCCCUAUGUAGUCCAGCACCUGUGGAGAAGGGCCACAAGCACAGACUGGUGGGAUUGCAUUGUCAUGCAGACCUGGGAUGACCAGUAGUCGCUCCAGAACUUUCCUGGGAAGAAAACGACUUUUCUGGAGCCUUAUGAGCAGCUUGCCCUGACUCUGCAGUGUCAGAACACAUGCAGGAGGGUGGGGAAGUUGGUCCAGAAGCGGGUUGCUAUAACUGUCUGGAAGCUGUGUACUCCUGACUGCUGCAGGUCCACUGCUAAUCAGUUCGGUCUUGGCAAAUUAACUGUGGGGACAGAGGUUUCUGAGGCAAUCAGUCAUGUGAUUUACCCAAAGGUGGUGAGCAUAAACAAUGUCAAGAACAUAACUUAAGAACAUAAGACUAACCAUACGUGGUCCCUCUAGCCCAGUAUUCCAUCCUCAAACAGUGGUCAGGGCCAGAUGCUUCCGAGAAAGUGAACAGACCAGGGAAUUUAUUAAGUGAUCCAUCUCCUGUCAUCCCAUCCCAGCUUCUGGCAGUCAGAUGUUUAGGGACACCCAGGGCAUGGGGUUGCAGCUCUGACAGCUUUGGCUUAUAGCCAUUGAUGGACCUAUCCUCCAUCUAUCCUUUUUGAACCCUAUUAUACUUUUGGCCUUCGUAACAUCCCAUGGUAAUGAGUUCCACAGGUUGACUAUACAUUGUCUGAAUAAAUAGUUCCUUAUGUUUAUUUUAAACCUGCUGCCUAUUAAUUUCAUAGGGUGAACUCUGGUUCUUGUGUUGUGAAGGGGUAAAUACCACUUCCUUAUUCACUUUAUCCAUACCAUUCAUGAUUUUAUAGACCUCUAUCAUACCCCUCCUUAGUUGUCUCUUGUCCAAGAUGAACAGUCCCAGUAUUUUUAAUCUCUUCUCCUAUGGAAGCUGUUCCAUACCCAUACUCAUUUUUGUUGCCUUUCUCUGUACUUAUUCCAAUUCUAAUAUAUCUUUUUGAGAUGGUGUUGUCACGGAGUGUGGGGGAGUCAGGGCCCUGCACCCCUCUCUUCCCGAGAUUCACCGUGACUCUCAGCCAGCCAGUAAAACAGAGGGUUUAUUAGAUGACAGGAACACAGUCCCGAGCAGAGCAUGUAGGUACAACCAGAACCCCUCAAUCAAGUCCUUCUGGGGGGUUUAGGGAGCUUAGCCCCCAGCUUGGGGUUCCCUGCGUUGCACCACCCAGCCCAAACUGAAACAAACCAAAACUCCUCCCACAGCUCCUCUCUUCCCCCUCCCCCCAGCUCCUCCUCUCCUUUGUUCAGUCUCCUGGGCAGAAGGUGUUAUUUCUCCCAACCCCCCUCCUGGCUCAGGUUACAGCUCAGGUAGCUUCCUUCAAGGGAAGUCCCCCAUCUCCAAUGCAACCCCCCUGCAACAUUCCCAGGUCAAAUCUGCUCCGCUCCCUGCUCCAUCACAGGUGUGACCAGAACUGCACACAGUAUUCAAGGUGUGAGUGUACCAUGGAUUCAUAUAGAGGCAUUGUGAUAUUAUCUGUCUUAUCUCUCUCUUUCCUAAUGGCACCUAACAUUCUGGUAGCAUUUUUGACUGCUGCUGCACAUUGAGUGGUUGUUUUCAGAGAACUACCCACAAUAACUCCAAGAUCUCUUUCUUGAGUGGUAACAGCUAAUUUAGACCCCAGCAUCUUGUAUGUAUAGUUGGGAUUAUGUUUUGCAAUGUGCAUUGCUUUGCAUUUAUCAACAUUGAAUUUCAUCUGCCAUUUUGUUACCCAGUCACCCAGUUUUGUGAGAUCCCUUUGUAACUCUGAAGUCUGCUUUCAACUCAACCAUGUUGAGUAAUUUUGUAUCAUUUGCAAACUUUGCCACCUCACUGUUAGCCCCUUUUCCCAGAUCAUUUAGGAAUAUGUUAACGAUCCUGGUCCCAGUACAGAGCCCUGUGGUACCCUGCUAUUUACCUCUCUCCACAGUGAAAACUGACCAUUUAUUUCUACCCUUUGCUUCCUGCCUUUUAACCAGUUACUGAUCCACAAGAGGAUCUUCCCUCUUACCCCAUGACUGCUUAGUUUGCUUAAGAGCCUUUGUUGAGGGAUCUUUUCAAAGGUUUUCUGAAAGUCCAAGUACACUAUAUCCACCUGCUCACCGUUGUCCACAUGUUUCCUGACUCCCUCAAAGAAUUCUAAUAAAUAGGUGAAACAUGAUUUCCCUUUAGAAAAGCCAUAGUGAAAUCAUUGAAUGCACGUUGCUCAUCUGUGCUAGUGUUCAAACAAACUAUGCUGUUGGAUAUAAAUUGUUUAAUAAGAGCUGUUUAAACUUCUGCUUGCGAAAGUCUCAGUAAGGUCUGUGUUUGUGUUGGUGUGGGGAAGGGAAGGCAAGGAGAAGGAUUAGCUACACAAUGGUGAAAGGUAAAGAGGAAGCUUUAAUUGGCUUUGAGGUUGAGUCUUAAAUGUAAGCAAUAAUUUGGUUUCAGUAUUCAACUAUUCAGCUGGCUAACUGGAUUGUGCUGCCUGGGUGAAGCUCUCUGAGUGGAGUAUAUACAUGGGCGGUGGGUAUAAUAGGCCAGGGGAGGUUCAGCCUCCUCUGGCACUGCCACUGGAUCCCUGGUUGUAGGGUUUGGCAGGGGAAGUUUUGCUUUAUUAUGCCCCAUGCACGUUCCGGGGCAGCUGUAUGUGCUAUUCAGCUUCCCGGGUUCAUCAGUCAUCUCCCUGGACUCCAGAGAGAUGACUGAUGAACCCAGGAAGCUGAGUAACACAUACCGCCUACUCAGCCACCCUGGAACCAGCUUGGGGUCUGGGGAGGGGAGGUGCAGCAUGGAUGCAACUGGCUCAGAGCACCUCCAGGCAGGUGCGGGGGAAGGGGUUUGGGGUUCCUCUGGCUGAGGUGGGGGGUGCUCGGGCCUCCUGGCCAGCCCAGGGCUCUUCCAGCCGGCAGGAAGGAGUGGCUCGUGGACCCGGCUGCAAGAGGGCUCGGGGCUCUGGCCGCAGGGGUGAGGUUGCGGGCAGAAGGGGUGGAGCCGAGGGCUAGCCUCUCCAAGGGGGGUUCCACCAGCUGCCCAGGGGUAUAAAACUCAAUACACAGCCACUUCCUUGGGAUCCUGUUUUAGGGUUUAAAAGGGUUGAUGUUCUGCUGUGUUACUCUGAUGAUUUCACUCAACUGAUGACACUUUAUUCCAAUAUAGUAUCAUUGUUAACUCAUUAAUUGACUGAUUUGACCAUAGCUGUAUAACUGUAUUGUUUAACCCUUAGUUAGCUGCAUAGUGUUUACAGUAAUUUAGCCUUAGUGAUGUGUGGUCUUGAUUUGUUCAUUUUAAUAAACUGUAUAAAAGGGA